CUCGUCUCUUGGCUGCUGUGAAACCUUUCAACCUGUCUUCAAAAAGGAAUCACGGCGACAACAAAUCGCAGCAUCAGAGAAUAUCGCAGCCCACAAUGUUCCCCAAAUCAUCAUUUGAUCAAAAGGGAGCGGUGGAGGCCGACGUUCGUAGGGAAACUCCUCGCCAGCCUUCACCAAUCGAUCUCGGCAACGUGCCGCCUUCCGCGAGGGAUCCCAUACCAUUUUUCAGGAGUACUCUCUUCCAGAUACUCGUUGUCGGUCUCUGCGCUUUCUGUGCGCCGGGAAUAUGGAGCGCCAUGAACGGACUUGGGGUCGGCGGCUCGCAAAGUCCAGAUCUGGUCAACGCAGCGAAUGCCCUUCUUUACGCCUUCAUGACGUUGACUUGUUUCGUUGGCCCGUUCCUUACCAAUUUGAUUGGAUUUCGCUGGACUUUGGCAGUUGGUGCUCUCGGGUAUCCCCUCUAUGCAGCCGGCCUCUACGUCAACAAUCGGACAGGCGGAACAUGGCUCGUCUAUUUCGGCUCGGUGGCCUGCGGCAUAAGUGCCGGAGUCUUCUACAGUGUCGAGGGAGCGAUUGCUACGGGAUAUCCCGAAAAUCACAAACGAGGCCGCUACGUCGCGACGUGGUUCACUUUUCGCAACUUUGGCAUGAUUAUUGGUGGCGCCAUCUCGUUGGCACUCAACCACAAGGUCAACCAGAAGGGCAAGGUUGGAUACGAGCUGUACCUUGCCUUCAUCGGCAUACAAUGUCUCGGAUUCUUCUUUGGUCUCUUCCUGUCGAAUCCUGACAAGGUCAUGCGGAAUGACGGAAGUCGCAUCGAAGCGCCCAGAGGUAUUCAUUGGCGGACAGAGCUCAUCGAAAUGUGGAAGCUACUUAGAAGCCGUUCGAUUCUUUUAUUGACGCCCCUCUUCUGGUACUUUGGUUGGAUUCAAGCAUACCCCGGCACAUAUCUUGCCACAUACUUCAGCGUGCGCUCAAGGGCGCUAGGCAGCUUCGCUGCAGCUAUCGUGAGCACCUUUUCUACAUGGAUUGGCGGAUCUCUUGUGGACCUCCCGUGGUCUACGAAUCGCCAGACACGAGCUCUAGCAACAUACUCCCUAAUUGUCUGUCUCAAUACUGCCACCUGGAUAUGGGCCGUCAUUAUCCAAAAUGAGUAUCGAUUCACGCUACCUGUCUUGGAUUGGGCCUUUCAGAGCGAGUUCGGACGAGGGUUCGGGCUUUAUAUGCUCGAAAGAGCGUCUCUUGGUAUGAUUGAAAACUUCAUCUACUGGACUAUCGGAAAUCUAUCGGACUCGCCGGGCGACCAGAUUCGGUAUAGCUCUUUGCUUCGUGGCAUCGAGACGGCAGCAGUAGCCGUAGGGUUCGGCAUCCAAGCCGUUCCAACUCCUCUCAUUGCUACAGCAAGCAUCAAUUGCGGUCUUUGGUUUAUCGCCCUACCAUUCAGCUACUUUGCCACUGUUCAAGUUGUGAAGAAGUUCAAAGAGCAGGACCGGAUGCUGGACCGGAUGCUGGACCGGACGCAGGAGGGAGUAGGAAUUGUGGGACAGAACGUCUAGCCCACGGUCGAUAGGUCUCAGUUGCUUGUCAAGUUCUUGGAACUUGUUACAAAUGCACGAGGAUCAAUGAUCCGACGGAAAAAGACUGGCAAUUAUCAAAUAAGACAUCGCAGAGCUUUCCGCUUUGGCUCUGUUCAUGUUACAUCAAAUGUCUAAAUCACUCGAUACCCAGGAAAUCUUUGCGCUGGAUGCUCUAUGAGUGUUGGUCAACAAGUAGUUAGGUAGCAUCGAAGACAUUACUGUUGCGUUUAGGUUCUAGGUUGCC